AUGUCCUCCAAGUCGCAAUUGUCUUACAGCGCUCGCGCUAGCAAGCACCCCAAUGCUCUGGCCAAGAGGCUGUUUGAGAUUGCUGAGGCCAAGAAGACUAACGUCACCGUCUCGGCCGACGUGACCACCACUAAGGACCUUCUAGACCUCGCUGACCGUCUCGGUCCCUAUAUCGCCGUAAUCAAAACUCACAUCGACAUCCUCUCCGAUUUCAGUAACGAGACCAUCAAGGGACUCAAGGCCCUUGCGGAGAAGCACAACUUUCUUAUCUUCGAAGACCGGAAAUUCAUUGACAUCGGCAACACUGUCCAGAAGCAAUACCACAGUGGUACUCUUCGGAUCUCGGAAUGGGCCCACAUCAUCAACUGCAGCAUCCUGCCUGGUGAGGGCAUUGUCGAGGCUCUCGCCCAGACUGCGUCUGCGCCGGACUUCCCCUACGGCCCCGAACGCGGCCUCUUGAUCUUGGCGGAGAUGACCUCCAAGGGUUCUUUGGCCACAGGUCAGUAUACUACGUCCUCGGUCGACUAUGCCCGGAAAUACAAGAACUUCGUCAUGGGAUUUGUGUCAACUCGCGCUUUGGGCGAGGUGCAAUCGGAAGUCAGCUCCCCCUCGGAUGAGGAGGACUUUGUGGUCUUUACCACUGGCGUGAACAUUUCGUCCAAGGGAGAUAAGCUUGGUCAGCAGUAUCAGACGCCCGGGUCGGCUAUCGGUCGGGGAGCUGAUUUCAUUAUCGCGGGGCGCGGCAUCUACGCCGCACCGGACCCGGUGCAGGCGGUGCAACAGUACCGGAAGGAGGGAUGGGAGGCGUACCUGGCCCGGACCGGUGCAAACUAA